AUGAGUUUCUAAGUAAUUACUAAAAAUUUAUUUGAUAGACAACUGAUUCCAAAAAAGAAGAAUUCAGAAAAUAUUUAGAAAAAGCUGGAGUAAUUGAUCAAUUAACAAGAGUUUUAGUAGGAUUAUAUGAAGAACCAGAAAAGCCUAACAAUGCUAUUGAGUAUUUAUUAAAUUUAUUAAUAGCUAUGUUAAAAAGUAUUUGGGAUCACCUGUUGAUAUUGAUGUAGACAAACUCAAAUUAGAAUAUGAAAAACUUAAAGAUGAAAACAUUAGAUUGAAGAGAGAAAUUGCUGAAUUAAAAAAAGAAGUAAAGUAUCACUAUUAUAGAAGUUAUAAGCAGCCUAAUAAGAGUAGAAUUGA